UGCGAUUGGGAGCCCAAACUCGCCUCUGCACCGGGGCUGGCGGCUGCGGGGUCCAGAGCCAGAGUAGGAUGCCUCCCUCGGGCCCCACAAAUACCCAGGGACGCUCAGAAACGGUGCGCAUGACGCAGAUACCAAGACGGCCCCUAGGGCCCUCGGAUCCGAGUGAGUGACAAGUGCUCCAGGGCCCAGUGCGGGAGAGUGGCGUGCAGGAGAGUAGGGCAGCCCCGCACAGUUCGGCUGGUCCUGGGCGGAGAGGUGCCCCUCCGGACUCCGAGGCUGCUGCUCUGCGCCUCUGGCCCCUGGAGCUGCCGCAGGGGAAAGAUGAAGAUCUGGAGCUCCGAGCACGUGUUUGGUCACCCAUGGGACACUGUCAUCAAAGCUGCUAUGAGAAAAUACCCGAAUCCCAUGAACCCUUGUGUGGUAGGAGUGGAUGUGUUAGACAGGAGCCUUGAUAACCGAGGCAGGUUACAUAGCCAUCGUCUUCUCAGCACUGAGUGGGGACUCCCAGCUCUCGUGAAAGCAGUCUUGGGAACCAAUAGGACUUUAACAUAUAUUAAAGAGCAUUCUGUUGUAGAUCCAGUGGGAAAGAAAAUGGAGCUGUGUUCUACCAAUAUCACACUCACAAAUUUGGUGUUGGUGAAUGAGAGGUUGGUGUACACACCUCAUCCUGACAACCCUGAAAUGACAGUGCUGACACAUGAAGCAGUCAUCACUGUAAAGGGAUUUAGCUUAGGCAGUUAUUUGGAAAGCCUAAUGGCAAACACCAUAUCAUCCAAUGCACGGAAGGGUCGAGAUGCCUUGGAAUGGGUGAUCAGCAAACUUAAUACAGAAUUUGAGGAACUGGCAGCACCACCUUGACAAAGCAUGCAACAUAAACAGCAGCAGCAGCAGCUGCAGCCGCAGCCUCAAGAUGCCAAAGCAGUGUGGAGCACGCCGGAGCCUGGAUAGGGCGAGGGUGGGUUUUUCCCUCCCUAGUGCUAUCUUGGACUGAUAGGCAGUUUGGGCUCUACUUGGUUCAUCAGACCAUCCACUAUUAAUACACACCUAGAAAAUGACUGUGAGUUGAAUUAGGAAAUUAAUUACAAAGGAGGCUGUGAAUUAACCAUAUGAUGGCUUUUGGUGGGGGUUGCAAGCAGGGUCAUUAUGUUUUCUGAGAAAAAUUAACCUUUUUCACCAAGUGAGUAAAUAUAAAUCUUUGACCUUUUAUUUUUUCCACAGAUGGUGGAAAUAAUAUUAGUGAGGAGCUAUGAAGUUGAAAUUAAGAUUUCAAAACCUGUGGCCAAAAAAGACACAUUCUCUGUGAUUCCCAAAGUUAGAAAGUGAGAAAGAGUAUAAUUUCUUCACAUUGUAACACAAGAGUUCAUUAAAGUAUCCGUUUAGAUCUUUAAAAUUCACUGCAGUCAUAGACAGAAAUGCUUCCCUUGAUUGAGAAAAGAAAAAGUUAUUUUCAUAGGUUAGAGCAGGGGUUUUUAACUUUGCUGUGUCACAGACCCUUUUGGCAGGCGGACAGAGCCUGUGGAGCCGUUCUCAGAAGAAUGUUUUUAAUGCAUCAAAUAAAAUAUUUAGGGUUACAAAAGAAACCAAUUAUUUUGAAAUACAUUUCUCAAAAAAAAUUUUUUUAAGUUCAUGGACUCCAGGUUAAGAACACUUGGGACUAGAGAAGCAUUGGUAAAGCACAACUGAACAUUGCUGCAGAUGGGUUGUAUUAUUAUAAGGUCUCUGCACCCCUUAGAUGGCACACUACCUGUUAGUACUUACUGUUCUUCUAUGAACCUGCAUCCGUGAGGCACAUACAACAACCCCUCUUAGUUGAUUUCAUUGCCUCACCCUAAAAGCAGGAUUUAGAGGGAAUUUAAGAGGUAGGUCUACUCAUGGCUAGAAUCACAUCAUUCAUAACUUGAAUAACAAAACCUUAUCUUAAACUAGUAUUUAGAAAUAGGAAUGGGAACAUAUUUUCCUAAUUUAUAUUUAUUGUAACUAAUAUGACCAACUAGUUUGAGCUACUUUAAGGAAAAAUAGACUAUUUUGCUAACAUAUUCUUUGCUUUAGGUGUAUGUUUUCUUUGUGUGUGUGUGUGUGUCUGUCUGUCUGUCUCUAUCUCUUUGUCUCUGUC